CGAGAGAGGAAGAGGUGAGAGAGUAGACAUAGGAGGAGCCUAUCCGAUCUUCAGCCACAGAGAAGCGACAGGAACAAAUCCUGCCGUGAUUCUGCUGAAGAUGAGUUCUGAUCCACCUCCUCCAUACCGAACUCAUUUCCCAGAAGGCGCCUCGGCCCCUGGCUUCACUCCAGCUCUCAGCUCUCAGCCUGCAGCCUUUGCCAGCUCUUCAUACCAGAUCUUCCCUCAGACUUACACCGGUGGAGACCAAUCCUUCUACCAGGGCUGUCCAGGGGCCUUUGUGAGCCAGCCUGGCUACCAGGGCUACCACAGUGGGGCUCCAGGAGCUGCCUAUCGCUGGGACGGGUCCAAGCCGUAUGCCGAGCCUCCCAAACACACAGUGUUCAUGAUGGGGCCACAGGACCAACACCAUGGCAUGAAAGACUCAUGUCUGAAGGUCUGUUCAGCCCUGCUGUGUUGCUGUUGCCUCUGGGACAUGUUCACCUCUCACCUGUGCUGCCCACUGACCUCUGACCUUCACUGAGUCCCCCAUCAAGAAGCUUGGACAACUGAUUUUCCACACAAUAUAAGUGUUUAUUUUGCCUGUUAACUCACUACUAACACUCAGACUCGUUACUGUCUCAUUAGCCUCUUUACAACACUCACCAAAGAUAAUUCUCAAAACCUUUCAAGUAAAAAAUCUGCUUCGAGACAGAAAAAGUAUGACUUUAGUUUCUGUGGAUUGACAAUUUAUUCUCCACUAAACAGAACUUAUUAAGACCUUUUAGAAAACCCAACAAAUCCCACUUACUGAUUUUUAGCCAAAAACAGUGAAGGUCAUUAAAAUAAAAUACAGGAAACUUCAAAGAAAGGAUUUAAAUGCAUAUAAUAUCUGUAACCAACCUCUACCACCAAAACCAUGAAUAAAACAGUGGUGAAAUCA